AUGUCCUCCGCCCUUUCCAUCGACACCGGCGACGUCGCGACGAGUGGGAAGCCGUGUACGCGCUGCAAGAAGGUUAUAUCAUCAUGGGAGCGCUUUAAACAGUGUCACCAUUGCCGAGAACUCAGGCGACAGCAAGACGCGAGACGCGCUGAAAGACGGAUGCAACGCGACGAUGGCUCGGCCAUGGACGUGGAUAACGACAUGAGGCGGAAGGAGAACGUUGACCCCGUGCGAAAGCCCGCAGUGGCGUUGAAAGAUUUGCAGGGUGAGGAGAAGGAACGCGCGUUAGCGAUGAUGAAGAACCGUAUCAAGAGCACCAUUUCGGUGCCUUUUCCGCCUCCUCGAGUAGAAUCUACGAUCCCUCGAUACCGAGAGUAUCAAUCCGCCACCCAACUCUACGCAGCCCUCAAAUCAUCCAUCCUCGUCUCUCCAUCCAACCUCAAAUUCCGAGCCACACAUUCCAUAGUCGCAUCGAUCAUCAUCGACAACGCCCUCCGCGCCGAGCUCGUCGCCAAGGACCUGCGCAAAAUUGCUGGCCUUUCUUUUGCACACCGUACACCCCUGCCACGCCAUUCCUCGUCCACCAACACCCGCCAACUUGAAUUUCUGUGCACCUGCCUCGGCUAUAUCACCGCUCCCGAAAACAAGCUGAAGAGCCAAACAGGUCUCAAGGAUUGGAUCCAACUCAAGUCGUCUCGACCUUCGUCGGCGGUAAACGAAGAAACUCUGAUCAGGAAGGAAUGCAGUGGAACUGUGUUGAUUACGGUGGAAGACGACCGCUCGCAUCCGCUUGGAUUGUUGGGCCAGAGAAUCGCAGUUAGAGUGAAGCAUGUUGAGGGCAAAUGA